AUGGAGGAGCAGAGGAGGAGAUUCUCCUUCCCAUCGGCCCAUUCGGAUCCAGUCUUGGGUUCAUUGUUCGAGGCGAGGGAGAAGAUGGGGCUGGGCCAGCAGCUGGAGGGGCUGUACGGCAUGGAGAACCUGGGACAGGCGCAAGCCAAGCUCCAGGGCAUACACAGGGGGGCGGAUGAAUUCCUGUCCUACAUCGUGCGAUCGUUCAAGCUCGACUGGCAGGCCGCGUUCGUUCAGUCCAUGGUCGAUCUCGUGCUCGAGAUGCAGAACGUUUCGGCCCACAUCGCCCGCUUGAUGCAGAACUUUGAGCACUACAUCCUCUUCUCUGAGCGGCAUCGACUGAACGUGGCGACCAACUCCCUCGGCUUCUUGGGGGUCCUCCCUCCCGAGAUACUGCAGCACAUCCUCCAGUUUCUGGGGCCGAAGGAACUGCUGCGUCGCGUCCCUCCACUCAACCGACAUCUGAACGAGCUCACCAAUGACAAUGCCCUGUGGAAGGCCAUGUGCAGGAAGCACAUACCAUCACACCCCGUCGAAAUGGAGUUCUGGUUCCUCAAGCGCGUGGAGAAGGAGGCGCUGCUCAACCAAGGCGGCAAGCUGGGCAAGCACCACAGCCGCCUCAACUCGGCGCGCUCGCGCGAACGGGCUUCUUCUGCUUCAUCGUCAUCACAGCCCUUUGCCAGCGGCAGCGCCGACGAAGAGGCUGCGGCCCUGGACGACCGCGGGGAGAGCAGCAACGACGACAUCGUCGCCCUCAACGCCAGCAGCAACAGCAGCAUCAACGCCGUCGGCGACAAUGACAACGACGACAACAAAAGCAGCAACAGCAACAACGACGAGGAGAGUAGCAGCCGAGACGAGCGAGCCGGCGCCGUAGCGUUGAUGCCAUCGCCGCAGCAGCGUCGCGCAACCUUGUCGCAAUCGACGAACAGCAGCAGCAGCGGCAGUGGGCCGAGCGAGGCGGUGGUGGCCGACAAGAAAAGAGACAGGGACCGUAACCAUCCGUUCUACAAGGAGGAGAGCGACAAGUCCUUCCUGUGGGGCCGUGCCGGGCCACUGUCGUCGUGUUCGACGUCGACGUCGACAUCACUCGACCCGGAUGCGGCGGCCAACGCGGGCGCAGCGUCGGUCCUGCCGCCCAAGAUCAAGAGCGGGUGGCGAGGCGUGUUCCGCAAGUACCACCAGCUGGAGCGCAACUGGAAGGACGGCAACUGCGCCGUGAAGACCCUCGUGUCUCGACGUCGCGUCUAUUGCAUUCUCUUCUCCGAGGAAAAGCAACUGCUGUGGAGCGGCAACGCCAAAGGAACGAUAAAGCGACUGGACUUGAUCAACUACUACCCGCUGCGGGAGAUCAAGGCGCACGACUCGGCCAUCAACUGUCUGCAAACGCUGGAGAAUUGCAACACCUCGUGGGACGACGAAAACAUCGCCUACCGAAGUCGAUCACGACGAGGGGAGCAAGACCAUGUCAGGCAGCUGAAGUCAAGCCGAGAGGAGACGCGCGAGGAAGUGGCCGGGCUCGUGCCUCCCAGUAACGACAGCAACGACCUUCUGUUCUCAUGUUCUUCCGAUAACACCAUCAAAGUCUGGCGGCAGAGCAUCGUCUCCGACGAACCGCUGUCUGUAAUGGGCGAAGAGCAGGGUGGUCACCAGGGUCCGGUGCAAAUGAUCAAGCUCUGCGACGACGGCAACAAGCUCCUCUCCUGUUCUCUGGACCAAACCCUCAAGCUCUUCGAUGUGAAUACGUCCACGUGCAUUGCCACUCUCAAGGAUACGACCGCCGUGCGCUGUGUACAGUUGGACAAGCAGACGGGAUGUAUUAUAUCGGGUGGCAGUGAUGGAAUGAUCAAGCUGUGGGACCCACGCCUGAAGGGGAAGGGCGACUACGCCGCAGAUUCGAGCGGGCCUGUGGCUUGCGUGUACAGAAUUCCGACAGGGCUGGGCAAAGUAAUGUGCCUGCAGGCCAACAAUUCCAAGCUUUUCGUGGGCGGCGACAGCGACCGCAAACACAACUUCCCCAUCUUCGUCUACAAUCUCCAAAAGCUGACCGGAGUCGUGCGGCACUAUGGCAAGUCGUUGAUUCCAUGCACCUCAUCGGACUCCUACGCGGUCCUCAAGGAGGCCGAGUUCAUGGGCCACAGCGACCGCAUAUGGACGCUCCAGGCAUCCCUCGGGCGACUGGUCACCGAGCUGUUGGACUAUGGCCUUCUGGGCGAGGGCGUUGUCGACCUCUCCCAGGUGUGGAUCGUGAAGACGCACUUUCCAGAGCGAUUCGGGUACAAGCGGUACAAGGUGAAGAAGAUCAUUCUCCUCGUCCGCAACCCCUUCGACACGCUCGACUCCUACUUUAACAUGGUGCUGACGUCAUCGCACACGAAGAGCCUGGACGAGAGCGAGUACGAGCGGCUGCAGCGCGAGUGGGACCAGCUGGUGCGACGCGAGAUUCAGGUGUGGACCAAGUUCUACGAGUACUACCUCUUCGUGGCGCGCAGCAGCGGCGUACCGCUCAAGGUGGUGCGCUACGAGGACCUCAUGACCCGCCGGUGGCACACCAUGCGGGGCCUCAUCUGCUUCCUCUACGACCUCAAGUCGCUCAAGGGCACCCACAUACCAUCACACCCCGUCGAAAUGGAGUUCUGGUUCCUCAAGCGCGUGGAGAAGGAGGCGCUGCUCAACCAAGGCGGCAAGCUGGGCAAGCACCACAGCCGCCUCAACUCGGCGCGCUCGCGCGAACGGGCUUCUUCUGCUUCAUCGUCAUCACAGCCCUUUGCCAGCGGCAGCGCCGACGAAGAAGCUGCGGCCCUGGACGACCGCGGGGAGAGCAGCAACGACGACAUCGUCGCCCUCAACGCCAGCAGCAACAGCAGCAUCAACGCCGUCGGCGACAAUGACAACGACGACAACAAAAGCAGCAACAGCAACAACGACGAGGAGAGUAGCAGCCGAGACGAGCGAGCCGGCGCCGUAGCGUUGAUGCCAUCGCCCCAGCAACGUCGCGCAACCUUGUCGCAAUCGACGAACAGCAGCAGCAGCGGCAGCGGCCCUAGCGAGGCGGUGGUGGCCGACAAGAAAAGAGACAGGGACCGUAACCAUCCGUUCUACAAGGAGGAGAGCGACAAGUCCUUCCUGUGGGGCCGUGCCGGGCCACUGUCGUCGUGUUCGACGUCGACGUCGACAUCACUCGACCCGGAUGCGGCCGCGGCCGUGGCGGCCAACGCGGGCGCAGCCUCGGUCCUGCCGCCCAAGAUCAAGAGCGGGUGGCGAGGCGUGUUCCGCAAGUACCACCAGCUGGAGCGCAACUGGAAGGACGGCAACUGCGCCGUGAAGACCCUCGUGUCUCGACGUCGCGUCUACUGCAUUCUCUUCUCCGAGGAAAAGCAACUGCUGUGGAGCGGCAACGCCAAAGGAACGAUAAAGCGACUGGACUUGAUCAACUACUACCCGCUGCGGGAGAUCAAGGCGCACGACUCGGCCAUCAACUGUCUGCAAACGCUGGAGAAUUGCAACACCUCGUGGGACGACGAAAAUAUCGCCUACCGAAGAGCGGCAGCGGCGGCGGCAGCGCAAGACUCACACUCAUUGGACAGGGAGCAAGACCAUGUCAGGCAGCUGAAGUCGAGCCGAGAGGAGACGCGCGAGGAAGUGGCCGGGCUCGUGCCUCCCAGUAACGACAGCAACGACCUUCUGUUCUCAUGUUCUUCCGAUAACACCAUCAAAGUCUGGCGGCAGAGCAUCGUCUCCGACGAACCGCUGUCUGUAAUGGGCGAAGAGCAGGGUGGUCACCAGGGUCCGGUGCAAAUGAUCAAGCUCUGCGACGACGGCAACAAGCUCCUCUCCUGUUCUCUGGACCAAACCCUCAAGCUCUUCGAUGUGAAUACGUCCACGUGCAUUGCCACUCUCAAGGAUACGACCGCCGUGCGCUGUGUACAGUUGGACAAGCAGACGGGAUGUAUUAUAUCGGGUGGCAGUGAUGGAAUGAUCAAGCUGUGGGACCCACGCCUGAAGGGGAAGGGCGACUACGCCGCAGAUUCGAGCGGGCCUGUGGCUUGCGUGUACAGAAUUCCGACAGGGCUGGGCAAAGUAAUGUGCCUGCAGGCCAACAAUUCCAAGCUUUUCGUGGGCGGCGACAGCGACCGCAAACACAACUUCCCCAUCUUCGUCUACAAUCUCCAAAAGCUGACCGGAGUCGUGCGGCACUAUGGCAAGUCGUUGAUUCCAUGCACCUCAUCGGACUCCUACGCGGUCCUCAAGGAGGCCGAGUUCAUGGGCCACAGCGACCGCAUAUGGACGCUCCAGGCAUCCCUCGGGCGACUGGUCACCGGCUCGAGAGAUGGCAACGUGAGAGUGUGGAACUACAGCCACUGCCCGAACGCCGCUGAUAGCGUUGACAGGAAAGAGUCGGGCAGUUACAUCCUCGGUGGGCGCGAGGAGGUUGCGGCAACGCCGCCCCCGCGGUUUAUGCGCGAAGAUGAGGUGGCCCAAAAUCCUCCGGUCGCCCUUGCAAGCUAUCCACGAUCAGGCAAUUCGUUGCUCCGAGUACUGCUGGAGAAGGUAACCGGCCACAUCACCGGCAGCGAUACACGACCGGACCGCAAGCUGAGCCGAGAGCUGUUGGAUUAUGGCCUUCUGGGCGAGGGCGUUGUCGACCUCUCCCAGGUGUGGAUCGUGAAGACGCACUUUCCGGAGCGAUUCGGGUACAAGCGGUACAAGGUGAAGAAGAUCAUUCUCCUCGUCCGCAACCCCUUCGACACGCUCGACUCCUACUUUAACAUGGUGCUGACGUCAUCGCACACGAAGAGCCUGGACGAGAGCGAGUACGAGCGGCUGCAGCGCGAGUGGGACCAGCUGGUGCGACGCGAGAUUCAGGUGUGGACCAAGUUCUACGAGUACUACCUCUUCGUGGCGCGCAGCAGCGGCGUACCGCUCAAGGUGGUGCGCUACGAGGACCUCAUGACCCGCCGGUGGCACACCAUGCGGGGCCUCAUCUGCUUCCUCUACGACCUCAAGUCGCUCAAGGGCACCGUCUACGAAGAACGCAUCCAAGCCCUCGCCACCCACGAACUCACACAAAGUCAUCAGGCGUACAAGCCGAGGAAGGGCAAGGUGGACCACUCGCUGGCGCACUUCUCCGAGGACCAGAAGUCGUUCAUCCUGAAGCUCACGCGCGAUGUGCUCUGCUACUUUGGCUACUCCAAAUACCUGGACCUCCUCCGAGCGCCCUCGCCGUCGCCAGCGGCCGUGGGCGGCAGCGAACCGACGGUCGCUCCGGACCUAACGCAAAAGAACGAAAGCGGAGGCAAAAGCGAAAGCGAAAGCGAAGACCCAGAGCGAAAGGAGAAGAGGCGGACGGAAAAGGAGGAGAUCGUGGCGUACAUCCUCAAGAACUACCAGGACAGCCGAAUCUAUCUCACGCCUGGCCUUCUCCACGUCAACUUUGGUUUGCCGCUGCGGGAGGUGAGUCCGACGGAUCCGUUCGGGCGGGGCAUGAGCUGGAAGAAGGAGGUGCUUGCGCUCAAGCCCGUCGCCCUCGAGCAGCCCACGAACAACCAACAAUAA